UGGGGGGAGGAGCAACCGAUGGGAAAAACAAGAGGGGGAAAGCGAGAGCUCUAGCAUUCAGCCAGCAGCAUUCAGAGCAAACAGCGAGCCCCACCGAACUGAGACCGAGUCACCGAGUGCACAGCACCGACAGCCGUCAACAUGCUUCUCCAUCUGCUCCUAGUGAUCGUGGGCUGCGAUUUGCUGUCAGGGACCCCAGCACCAGCCGAACAAAAUCCUAUGCAAACCUCAACACAAUUUCCGCAUCACCAGGAAGAGUCAUCAGAAUCUAUUUCGUUCUAUAAAGAGCCAGUAGAAGCACGUGAAAAGCCUCAGGCAGCCCAGCCUGUGAUCAGCAUUAGUGAGAGGGUCCAAGUAAAACCUAGGGAGAAGAAGGAUCUAGGGACACUAGGGUAUGUCUUGGGCAUCCUCAUGGUAGUCAUAAUCAUAGCCAUUGGUAGUGGCAUUGUGGUCGGAUACAUAUAUAAAAGGGGAAGAGAUCUUAAGCAACAACAUGAACAGGAAGUGGAGGAACGUCGUAUCCAAAGGAUAAACCUACCACUUUCUGCGUUCUUGAACCCUUCGUGCGACGUUGUAGAUGAGAACAACAUAGAGAUUUCAUCUAGUCAUACAAAUCAGGAUGGAGCGGCACCCCUGAUGAGCUGCACGGGGACGCCCGGGGCGUGAAGGACCACUCACACGCAGACGAAAGAUGUUACUUUUGACGUAGUGGUACAUCACUACAUAUGAUGGUAUUGUCACGCUUGUCAUGGUGUGCCUUUGGAGGCCAAGAGAAUGGAGGCAAUGAUUUAUGAAGUUACCAGAUUUUGUUUUUGUUUGUAAUUUCUGAUAAGAGACUUUGAUGUUUCUAUAGAGACAGCAGAGGAUGAAAUAUGAUUUUGCUCAGGUGAACAAUACCAUCGGUGAUUCUAAGACUACAGUCUGUCUGGUCUUUCCUGUGCCCUGGUUCAGGAACGCCAACAUGGGGUUCAAGAAUAUUGGCUGUUGGUGGUAGUUUGUUUCAGCCUCUAUCGCUUGCCUAAAAUCACAACUAAUGGGAGAGGCUGGUACACCAUGUAUGUUAAGGGCAAUAAUUCUGUACAUAGUCCUCUAGGACUGGAUAAGACUAUAUGUUUAAAUGUUGUCACUGCAUAUGUGCGUGUUAGCCAGGGCAUGGUUUCAAAGCUUGCAGUGUCUACCCUCAGAUAAGAACAAUAGUUAACUAAAAGGUUUAUGUCAUUUGUGUUUAAAUGGACAGUCGAAUGUACUUUUUGUAAGAAAAAUCUGUUUAUUUACUUUUUUUUUACAUGAGUGUUUUGUUUCUAUAAAUAAAACAAUAUCAGGCAGUGCCUGUUAAACCAGUGAAAUGUAAAAAAACAAA